GAGAGAGAGAGAGAGAGAGAGAGAGAGAGAGAGAGAGAGAGAGAGAGAGAGAGAGAGAGAGAGAGAGAGAGAGAGAGAACUGUGAACUUUAUAAGAGCUGGCAGCUUCUAUGAGCUGUCACCCUGCAGUGGGUGAAGCUCUUUAAGAGCCUCUGAUGUGCAGAAGACAAACAGAAAAGCACCAACAGAAAGCGAGACAAAGGGGGCAAAACCACAUCGGCUGGCUAAUCCUUAAACCCACAAAGAGCAGGAACCCGGGGGGAAUGAUGGGAAGCGCAGAGGCACCCGGCGUGAACCCGCUGCAUGUGACUGAUUGAUAGACACAUCGUAACGUCGGACCCGAUCAGCCCCGUGAAACACCAAGGUUGCAGGAAUGUCGUCCAACGAGCUGGGUGUUGUGGAGAUGGACUCCUGCAUCCGGACGUUUAAGGAGCACAUGCAUCUGGAGCUGGAGCCCCCCAAGAUUCCACGUGUGGUGGGUGGGAAGAGGGGUGCCACGUCGCCCAAACUUUCCCCACGAAGCUCCCCGCGACUCUUCCGCAAGCUGAUGGUCAACAAGAGCAUCCGCCAGCGGCGCCGCUUCACUGUGGCGCACACAUGUUUUGAUGUGGAAAAUGGCCCAUCUGCCAGUUGCAGCCCGCUGGACUCCCAGACGUCUCCUGGCUCUGGUCUGGUCCUCCACACCACUUUCCCUACUCAUAACCAGCGCAGAGAGUCCUUCCUCUACCGCUCAGACAGCGACUAUGACCUGUCCCCCAAGUCCAUGUCCCGGAACUCCUCCAUUGCAUCAGAACUACAUGGUGAUGAUUUGAUUGUCACACCUUUUGCUCAGGUUCUGGCAAGCCUCCGAAGUGUCAGGAACAACUUCACUGUUCUGACCAAUGUCCAGUGUGCCUCCAGCAAGAGGUCCCCAGCAGCCACGACUCAGCCUCCCAUCACCAGAGUUUGUCUACCAGAUGAGGCCUACCAGAAGUUGGCCACAGAGACGAUGGAGGAGUUGGACUGGUGUCUGGACCAGCUGGAGACAAUCCAGACCUACCGCUCUGUCAGUGACAUGGCCUCCAACAAGUUCAAGAGAAUGCUGAACCGGGAGUUGACGCACCUUUCCGAGAUGAGUCGGUCUGGGAAUCAGGUUUCAGAAUUCAUCUCCAACACUUUCCUAGACAAACAGAAUGAGGUGGAGAUCCCGUCGCCGACAUCCAAGACGCGGGAGAAGAAGAAGCAGCAGAAACAGCAGCUGAUGACACAGAUCAGCGGUGUCAAGAAGGUUUCCCACGGGCCUUCGCUCUCCAGCAGCAGCAUUUCUCGCUUCGGCGUCAAGACCGACAAGGAGGAGCUGCUGUCCAAAGAGCUGGAAGACCUCAACAAGUGGGGUCUGAACAUCUUCACCGUGUCAGAGUACUCAAACAACCGACCUCUCACCUGCAUCAUGUACGCCAUCUUCCAGGAGCGAGACCUGCUGAAAACAUUUAAGAUCCCGGUGGAUACAUUCGUGGCCUACAUGAUGACCUUGGAGGAUCACUACCAUUCAGACGUGGCCUACCAUAACAGCCUGCACGCAGCAGAUGUAGCCCAAUCCACGCACAUCCUCCUCUCCACACCGGCUCUUGAUGCUGUUUUCACAGAUCUGGAGAUCCUAGCAGCCAUCUUUGCUGCAGCUAUCCAUGAUGUUGACCAUCCUGGAGUCUCCAACCAGUUCUUGAUCAAUACCAACUCCGAGCUGGCGCUCAUGUAUAAUGAUGAGUCUGUGCUGGAGAACCAUCACUUGGCCGUGGGAUUCAAACUGCUGCAAGAAGAUAACUGUGAUAUCUUCCAGAAUCUCACCAAGAAGCAGCGCCAGUCACUACGCAAGAUGGUCAUCGACAUGGUUUUGGCCACUGAUAUGUCCAAACACAUGAGUCUACUGGCUGAUCUGAAGACCAUGGUGGAGACCAAGAAGGUGACGAGCUCCGGAGUGCUGCUGCUGGACAAUUACACUGACAGGAUACAGGUUCUGCGAAACAUGGUUCACUGUGCUGACCUGAGCAACCCCACCAAGUCCCUGGAGCUCUAUCGUCAGUGGACCGACCGGAUCAUGGAGGAGUUCUUCCACCAAGGGGAUAGAGAGCGGGAGAGGGGGAUGGAGAUCAGCCCCAUGUGUGACAAACACACAGCCUCUGUGGAGAAGAGCCAGGUGGGUUUCAUCGACUACAUUGUGCACCCUCUGUGGGAGACUUGGGCCGAUCUGGUCCACCCUGAUGCCCAGGACAUUCUGGACACACUGGAGGACAACAGGAACUGGUACCAAAGCAUGAUCCCUCAGAGCCCCUCCCCGCCUUUCUACGACCAGGUUACGCAUGGACACAAUGGAGGUAACGGAGGGCAGGGAGGUGGGGAUAAAUUUCAGUUUGAGCUGACCUUGGAGGAGGAGGAUUUGGACGGAUUUGAAAAGGACGGUGAAGGGGAGGAUUUGGAAGAGGAAGAGGACAGUUUGGGAGGUUCUCGUUCUCCUCCCUUGGACUAUUUGGAUGGUCAGCGACAGGAGGAGGAAUGCAUGGUGAUGCCCACGUCAGCAAUAGAGAUCGUGACGCACGAGGCGUCGCCCACGGACACAUAGGACUCCAGUCAUCAGGCUCACUUGGUGAUUUGAAGAUUUUUGGGGGUGAGAAAAGGAGAGAUCCUCUUGCAACAGAAGCAGGGGCUUAGGUUUAGCCCACGAGGGGCAUCUUGCACUUGGGUGUUUGAAGCCAGAUGUGGACGGACAGUUUGCGUGAGGUGGCUUCAGAGUUCUCAGGAAAUAAUUAGCGGGAAUAUUUCAGUCCUGAUGGACGGACAAGCAAGCGUGGAACUUGAAGGAUUUUGGCCAGUUUGGGAAAUUGUUAAUUUUCUGGACUGGCACUAAACAAACAUCGACACUACUGAGAGAGGUUUUGUACCUUAAGACUUUUUUUUUUUUUACAACUAUGAUAUAAUCUAGAAGUAGCAUAGAGUAAAGGUCUACUGAUAAUAUUUGUAUAGCGAGAAAAGGUGUUUACUUUUUCCUGUACAGUUUGUCAAAGGACUUUUGUGUGCCUUUUUUUACUAUCGUCUUUAUAAUAGUUUUUUAUUUAUUGAACACUCUAGUAUGUUUGUGAUUUUUUUCUUUAUUUGUUUGCUUGUUUUGAAAGAGCAAAAUCUUUUUUGUAUGUAAAGAAAAGUCUUCCAUGUAUUGGGCAAUACAGAAAUCCAACCAACUGUCUGCUGACACGCCCAUGUUGUACGCACAUUUUGUUGCAUUUGCAUUUCAAUCUGAGUACUGUUUUGUCUUCAUAUAUAGACUUUAAAUUGUAGCGCAUCCAUUUGUUACACCGUCACACCAUUGAUGUCUGGAAUCCAUAUUCUGUUUUUUUUUUCUUUCUCUUUCUGAUCAGUUUAUUUCAUAAAAAAAUUCAAAUAUUUGGAAAAAAAUUGCACACUGCAAAAGUAGUGAAAUAAUUGAUUAUUCAAAUUUCCGCAUGUUACUGUGUGCACUGGACCUUAACCUCGUUUAAAUUGUCAGAACCGAUUAGAUAAAGUCAAACAAAUCAGGAAAAACAAAACACCUCAUGACACCGAGCUGCUCAAAAUAGAAUGACAUCCGUCAACAACAAAAUGCACAGCAGCCACGUCACUAUUCUUAUCCUGCAGGUACACUGCAGACUUCAGAAUCCUGUCAGCGGGAUCAGGUCUUAACCCUGACCCGGCCUGCUGCACCCCUCCUGCCCGUCUGCAAUCAGGCGAGGACCAGAUGAUUAAAAUGUCUGAAAGGCACCGUGUCCCCUCAUCAGCACAACUAUUCAUACGGUUUACAAAACCCGCUGGGCCUCACAGACACGACCCCAAAACAAUCAGGCCGCCGAUUUAUUUAAAGACCUCAGUGACGUCACUGCAUCCCCCUCCCCUCGUCGUAUGGACUGUAUCAGGUUUCCAGGACAGUUUUUCUGCUCAGAUGUGGCACAGAUGGAACUGCUGGAUUCAGCAUGUCACUGCAUAAAGAUAAGUUGGCGUUCCAAUUCAUCUUUUGCAGAUCGCUUGGCUGCAUCUCUGUUUACCGCAACACUCAAAGGUACUUUGUCUAAUUUCAUCCCGGCGUGCUUAAGUGGUCAUCGUUGCGUGCGGUUAUGUGUGCAAGGUUGUGUAUGAGUGUGCGUGCGUUUGAAAGCUUUGUCAUCAGGCCUUAUUCUUCCACCUACAUCACACCUUUGUCUCUGCUGUUUCACCAGGAGCUCAAGUUGGUCCUUUUUGCUGUUUAUAACAGUAUUUAUUUGAUACUUUAAGCUUGUACAUAAAUACUGCGUCAGUGUAAAAUCUGUUUAAUUUAUAUUUGCAUUACCUACAAGUGGUGGUGUCUAAUAUGUAGGAGACUGUGGAUUUGAGUCUUUUAUAUAUAUAUAUAUAUACGUAUAUAUAUAUGUAUCAUAGAUUGUUUUUAUAUAUCUAAAUAGAUAAAAGUAUAUAUUCGCACAAUAUUUUGAGUGCCCAGCAGAACAGCAGCUAAAGAGACAUUGAUGCUGUCACAUGAAAACCUUAUAACUGCAAUUUUUUAACUUGGAUUUUUGUUUUUUGUUGGUGUUGUUUUGUUUUUUCCAUGGCAUACAGUGUUGUGCAAAAUUUUCAGGCAUGCCAGAAAGUCGGUGGAAAUGCAACAUUUAUUUUCAGAUUUUAAACAAAAAAUUAAAUUAGAUAUGUCCAAGAUAAUUCCAACAAAAAUCCAAUUAUUAUUAUUAUUUGAAAACAUCACACUCAUUUUGCUUAAUAUUUAUUAAUAAAUAGUACUUUAUUUUCAAAACUUUAUUGCACAUUAAAUGUGCCUAAAGCUUUGCACAGUACUGUAUGUUGAAUUUAACAUAAAUAUGAUUGUGCUGCAAUUUUAUACAUAAACGUGCAACUCUCAAAGCACUGACAUUUAAACCAAAAAUGCCUAUUUAUGACAUAAUUACAAAUAUCAAUGACCUCCUUGUCUUUGCAGGAAAUAAAAAUUUGGUUUUGUAAUCUAAAAAAUGAAAUGUUACGUCAACUGGUCCCACAGAAAGUGUUUGUUUAAAUAGGAAACUUAAUAUGCAAUUAAUUACAAUUUGUGUAACAAUUUGCUUUUCUGACGUAAACAAUAAAGAUUUUUUGGCACCAGUUGACAUAACUUGACUAUGUAAAUGUGAUUAUGAUUAUGCUAUGUGUUCUUUUCUAAUCUGUUCAACAACCAUAAUGUUACAGAAUAUGAGAAAAGUAAUUGUGUUUCUUAAUUCUGUUAUUUAAGAAAAAUAAACAAAUCCAAAGCAGUUUUUGAAGGUUUUCAUCUGACAGCAGCAAUCGGGUAACCCAGAUGUGACAUAGAGGACAUGUUAAACUGCUUCAGAUUGGCUAUAGGCUACACAUUAGCUUGCUAACGAACACACGCGCUAACAAAACGCACCAACGGCUUAUUUUCUCUCGGCAACUUGUCACAAACAAAGCUUCACCAUCAGGCAUUUGACUGACAAACACAAAGAGAUUGUUUCCUUUUACACUUAAAACACUUCAUGUAACAGUAGCUAACACGGGGCGCUGUUGAUAGCAUGCUACAACACGCUCGUCACUAACGUGACUUCUGAAUUAAUACGAAAAGGUAUGUAACUGAUUGUGCUAAUGUGUUAAUUCUUUCUGACCAAACUUUGUUAGCAGUUUUGAAAAUCUAAUUUGUCAAUAUUAGCACUGUUUAUCUAUGUUCAAGCUUCUUUUUUUCCAGUCCUAGUUGUGUCCAAUUCGGUUAGCCAGGUUUAGCACUGUCUGCAUGAGAGAUGGGUCUUUUUUUCCCUCCAGUAUGUUAAAGUCCACCCGUUGUGGCUGGCAGGUUAUAAAUGUUUCACACAAUGUGGGUAUUAUAUUGUAUAUUGUGUUCAAAAAUAAAUCUGAAAUACUUUUUCUAUGAAGUGAUUAAAAGAAAAGCAUGAACAUA